UUUUUAAUUUGUACAAUCAUGAUAGACGGAAACAUCUCGAUGGAGGAAGAUACGGAAUUGCGAGACCUGGUGGUACAGACCCUGGAAAGUAACGGCGUCCUCGCUAAGAUACGGGCGGAACUCAGGGCGAGCGUGUUUCUGGCACUCGAGGAACAGGAUUCGGUUAUGAAUCCUGAGCCACUUCUCAACAAAACUGUAAAGCAGUACCUGUCUAAUUCAGAAGGAAAAUUAUUGUUUUCCUUAGUUAGGGAGUUCCUAGAAUACUUUGGUCUCGAUUAUACAAUAUCUGUAUAUGAUCCAGAAACAUACUUCGGGAAGGAGUAUAACUAUGUAGGGAGGAAUAAAUUAUGCGAAGAAUUAGGUAUCGACUCAACCGAGCCAUUGCUGGGAGAAAUUCUGAAGAACAGUAUCAAUGGUGCCUUUAACAAUUCACAGAAGAACAAAAGCAGUAGCAGACACGACGAAACAGAUGAAGCCUCAACGAAUUUCGCAAACGCGACAUUCGAAGUGUCUGUUCCCAAGAUAAUCCAUACCGAAUCUGUGUCGUCGUCAAACGACAAUGAUUCUUCUGAAAAAUUAGACAGCAUUUCCGAGCAGAGUCCAAAAGUUCCAAUAAACGUGACAAUAACGGACAAAAAAUGCAAAGAUCCGCCGAUUGACACCGACGUUAUGACAGAUAUGUCGGAUUAUGAUAAGCGUCAAUUUUCUCUCAGGGAGAGCACAACGGACACUGAUGGAAUUGAAGGUAACAGAAACAAUAAUGUAAAUUUUGAUAAAAAGAGCACCGCGAAUCCACACAGCACAUGCACGGCGACGAAUGAUGUGGCAAAGGAGACUGAUAGUAUCGUUACGUCUAAUCAAUUGAGUCCAUUAAACAAAUCCUUAAUUAAGUUUGACGAUUCUAUAGUGAUUGAGACGCAAGCAAAUCAAAACGAGGAUAUAACUAAGCAAAACAAUAUAAAUAGUUUGGAGCUAAGUAUAGAGAAUAAUGUACAAAGUAAGAAACUGGUUAACGCGGGAAGCAACUUCGGAAAAACAAUAUAUUUUGACGAGAUUAUCGUCGACGGUGAGCGGAAGAACGUUAGUACAAUGAAUAAAGCCGAGCCUUUUCUAGAAAGUUUGCCGACCAUAAAUCAGAAGGCUAAUUCUGUAUUUAGUGAUUUACCACCACUUAAUGGUAAAAAGGCCAACCUUAAUGAUCUGAAGGAAUUAAUGAAUAUUGGACUUGCUGCAGAUGGUAUAGACAACUAUGAGGAAGACUUUGUGUCGUCAGCAUCGGGUAGCGCGAACGAACAAAGUCCUAUUAAGGAGCCAGACAAGGUGGAUAGUCUUCUCAAAUUGCGAACGAAGAAAGAGGAAAAACUUCAAAGUACUGAAGACUUGAGCGAAGAAAUCGAAGAAGUGGACGAAAUCUUGAGUAGUACCUCUUGUCUUGAAGAUACAAAUACGGAUAAGAAUAUAUCAAACUUUGCGACGGGUAUUACCGCGGAUUAUACAGGAAUGUAACUUUUAGUCAUAUGUAAUAAAAGAAAUAUGUAAUUUUUAAUCGUAUCGCUAUACAGAUCCUCUGUAAGAAUUCUAGCGAGUUGUUCCUCUUAUAUGUACUCUUGAUAAAGCCGAUAUCCUAGAGCGCCGCGGAUAUCUAUGCCGACUACCGUGAGAAUUCGGGAACUCGCAGAAUUGAAUUCAUAGUUUCUGAUAAAGGCACUGCCAAGCUGUGGCUCAAUAUUUAUAAGUUGCGCUGCAAA